AUGUGUAAAUUGUAGAAAAAAUCAAAGAUCUCCUCCUCUCGAAGGCUGGGAUUGAAGAUUAGACUGUUAGCAGUUGCGGCUCAGAUGCUGCAGGAGGAAGCGGAGCAGAAGGUGAAGGAAAAAGAAGCUGCUCUGGCAGAAAGAGUUCCUCCUCUUAAUCUGUCUGGUCUGUCUUUGCAAGAGCUUCAGGAUCUUUGCAGAGACUUGCACCACAAGAUUGAUGUUGUAGAUGAGGAGUGGUAUGAUAUCGGCCUCAAGGUAUCCAAAAACGACAAGGAGAUUGAAAACAUGAACCUGAAGAUCAUUGAGAUUCAGAGUAAGUUCAAGAAGCCAACCCUGAAGAGAGUAAAGAUCUCAGCUGAAGCCAUGCUGAGCGUUCUGCUGGGCUCAAAACACAAGGAGUCCAUCGACUUCAAGGCCAACCUUAAGACGGUCAAAAAGGAGGAAGAAAAGAAGGAGGAGGUGACUGACUGGCGUAAAAACGUGGAGGCCAUGUCUGGUAUGGAGGGCAGGAAGAAGCUGUUUGAUGCCACCGGCAACUAAAGAAACAUUAACUUUUGCUUAGGAGAUCUUAAUGAAUUCUUAACAUUAUUUACCAUAUUACCCAUAUUACUUUGAUUUACCAAUUGUAGGUAGGACACAUACCCUCUUAUCCAGGACAGUAGUGCUUGUUAUUAUUUUAUAAAAAUAAAUAAAAAGCAACAGAUGUUUAUUUACAGUGGGACUAUAGGCUUUAAGUGGUCUUUAAAUGAUUUAAAUCUUAAGUAUUGAUAAUUCAAUAUACCAGGUUAUUUUGUGAUAAACUGCUCUAUGGGCUGCAUUCAGACUGAAGGCAAAUCAGAUGUGCUUCUCAAACCAGAUCUCUAAGACUGACCGUCUGCACCGUUAUUAGCAAGUGGUCAGAUCGGACUUGUGUAUUCCAGACAGCACCAAUGUUUUAGUAUGGGUUUGCGAUGCUAAUGAAGUGGCGUAAGUAACUGUGCAUCUACGCUGGUGACACUGCUUUCCAAUGCAGAAGCAUGAGAAAUGUGGGCUAACAACAAUGACUGUUUUCAACAUGGAAAUUGGCUAAAUAAUCACAGAAAACAUUCAGUGUCGGACCUAUCAGUACAAUUAUUAUUUUACAAAGUCUUGAAAAAGAAAGACUCUGCUGCACUUUGAAAUGAGAUUUGAGACACAUCCAUUUGGAAUCACAUUUCAAACCACCUCAAAAUAAGGUUUGCAAAAUUUGAAUGUGUUAUCAGCUGUCCAGACUUUGUAAAAUCUAUCUGGAUACAAUCUUGACAUGCAAAAAACACAGAUUUGGACUGGAAGUCUGAACAAGACCUGUGCUGCAGAGACUGUACUUCUCCCCUGCAGCCUCGUGAUGGCAGCACAACUCUUUUAAACCACCACUGAGACACUUAUGGACUUACAGUAUAAUACUGUCCCUCCUAAAUUGACAACUGCUCGUGUGUUAGCUGUUGUGAUAAAUUGUCAUCUAGCUUGCCAGACACUCAAAGUGUAUUGCCUAUUAAAGCUACAAUGCUUAUAAAAAGAAUGAUUGGGGACCUGGUUAAGGUUAUUGCAGUUGGAGUAUGUUAUCUUCAUAUUUGGUAAAUGAACUUGAUGCAAACAUGAAACCAACAAUGUUCUCUUAAUAAAAUAUAUAC